ACUUUUCAAAGUCAAGGUUACAUGGAUUCGAGCAUGGAUGUAACAGCGUGCGAACUGGAACAGAUAGUGGGUGGAAAUGCUAAUUUUGGAAAGCGAAAGACCGAUCACACUUCUAGGGGAACAAAAAAACGACCUAAAAUUCUCAAGGCAGAUUCUGAAAGUGUAGAAGCUACAAGUACUACUACUACUAAUACAGAAGUUUCUCCCCCAGAGUGCAAAGUUGAAGCAAACGACACCAAAAGUUUGUCUCUUCUUAAGGAAAUACAAAGCAUUUUGGAGCUGCGAAAUCAGUGUACAGUGAAAAUUCAUGGUCUACCCGCAAAAACAUCCAUUACUGAAUUGGAAACCUUAGUACCAGGAGCUAAAGCCUAUCGUUUACCCUGGAUAAAUUAUCUUCACAGAUGUCAUGGAUUCGCAUAUAUAGAGUUUGAAUCGGAAGAAGAUGCUGUUAUGCAUAAAGAAAGACUGAACAAUCAGCCUUAUGGAGAUAGAGCUUUAAAAGCCAGUAUUGGGAAAUUUAUUUCAGAAUGUGUUGAUGACUAUGAAUGCAAGAUGCUUGAGUUACAUGGUCUAAAAUACAACGUCAAAAGAGGGGAAAUCGCAAGAAGGUUCCCUUCUUCUACCAACAUAGAAAUACUUGUAAAUAAUGACAAACGCAGACCUGGUACGGCGCAUUUAACGUUUGCUUCAGAGGAAGAUGCAGUAAAUGCUUUAAAAUCUCGACACGGAUGCUCUCUGAGGGGUAGGAAGACGUCAGUUCUUUUUCACAUGAAAACAAGUAAAACAAGUAAGAACUGUCUGGUUGUUCGAGGUCUGAGCAAAAACGUUUCUGAAAAUGAUGUUUUGGCAGUAUUUCCUCAAGCAUCAACAGCAAAUAUAAAUCGCUUUCGAGGAGAAGCUCAACUUAUGUAUGAUUUAGAGGAAGAUUGUUUAUUGGAUCAGAAACAAGCAAAAAAUGUGGUAAUAGGUGGUCACAAAGUUGAAGUUAUCGCAGUUUCUGUGAAUAAACAGAGCGUUUCUCAUCCAACACCCAAUGUUACGAAACAUACAGAUUCCAAUGUAGAACGGAAUGUUUCAUCAGGAAUAGUGAUUGACAGAUGUACUCUACCUUUAUCUGAAGAAAGUGUCCGUGAGUUAUUUCCAGAUGCAAUCAACAUCUGUGUACCUACACAGUUGGGCACCCAAAAUGGGGUCGCGUAUGUUGAAUUCGCUAGCUUAUCACAAGCCGAACGAGCAGUCAGGUCGGCAGAUAGUAAGACAAUGCGAGUAAGAAUGGCCAAUCCAAGAGGUUGAAAUUUCUUGGUAUUACCAAGAAAUUCACUCUAAAGCAAAAGAACCAACAAAACGUAUCAUCUUUUCCUUCGCCUUCUACUAAAAUGAAACAUGAUAAGGUGGGUAAUUAUUCUGAAGAUGUCGUCGGGAAGUCUGAUAAGCAAUAUGAUCAAAAAGUGAAAAAGAAGAGAAAUAAAAAUAAAAAACUAAAAUCACACUUUCUACCAAAACAUGUAACUUAAUUUCAAUAUAUCAUGUCUACUCUGAAUACCUUCGUCUUCUAAAUAUUCCUUUUUAAAUAGCUGAAAUGGCGUGUUCUGACUGUGAAUAAUUGAAAAUAUUUUUCUGUUUCUCUGUCUUUCGAGUAGAACAUAAGACUUCAGGUUCCAAGCUCUAAAAUCUCAGUAGCCCUGAUGUUUUGCUUUUUUAC